AUGAAAAAACAAAAAAGAAUAUAUGACCAAUCAUAUAUAAAAUUAAAGGAACCUCUAUGUGCUCAUAAUAAUAUACUAAAUAGCGAUGAACAUGAUGAAAAAAUAAAAAAAAAGAAAAAAGAGGAAAGAAAAAUAAAUAAACAUUUGUAUGAGAAUAUUUCUGAUAGUACAAACCUUUCAACCAAUAAAUAUUACAUAAACGAUUCAAAAAAAAAGGAAAAAAAAGAAAAUAAUAAGAUACACAAAAUGAUUAGACAUAAAAUAGGUAUGUUGUUUGAAAGGAUAAAAAAAAAAACAAAAAGAAAAAAGAAAGAAGAAAAACACACACAAAUGAGUAAUUGUAAUAAUGAUGAUAAUAAUAAUAAUAAUAAUAAUAACAACAACAAUCACAAUAGUAAUAAUAAUAACAACAACAAUCACAAUAGUAAUAAUAAUAACAACAACAAUCACAAUAAUAAUAAUAAUUAUUAUUAUAAUAGUAACAAAUUCUAUGAUUAUUUUCCCAACAUUGAAAAUAUCAAAAUUAAGAAUAUAAAUAGGAAACAUAUAAAAAAUAUCUAUAAUAAUACAAAAGAUAAAUUAACAAAGAAAAGAUAUCAAACGACUAAUCAUAAUACAAUUCAUCUAAACAAAAAUAAUGAAUAUGGGAUGCUUUUAUAUAAUAUUAAAAAUAUAUUAAAUUUAAAUAAUGAUGAUAUAAAUAAUUUAAUCAAAAUAUCGAAUUUUGAUAUAGACUUAGAUAUGGAUACUUUUUAUCAUACAUUUGUCAAAAAUAAUAAUAGUAAUAAUAAUAAUAAUAAUAAUAUUAAUAUAUUAAAUUACAAUAUAAAUCAUAAUAAAAAUAUAUAUGAUAUAAAAGAUUAUACAAAUGAUAAAAAUGAAAGAGUUAUACAAUAUAAACAAAAUUCAUCUCUCUAUCUUGGAGUUAGUGUAUGUAACAUAUCCAUAGCAGAGUCUUCUUAUUUCUUAUAUAAUAAAAACGUAAAAUACAAAUAUACCCCUAGUCAUCAUGUAACAAAUCAAAAUUAUUUUAAUAAUAAUAAAGCCACCAACAUAAAUAAUAUUGAUUAUUUUAAAGAUAAAUCAAAGGAACAAUAUUCUGACAUAAAUACACAAAUAAAAACACAUUUAUAUUAUCAACAUCCUUAUGAUGAUUCUAUAUGUUUUCUUAGCUCUUGUAAUAAAGAACAUAUCAUAACAAACAAACAAGACAUAAACAACCAACAGCAUGAUAUAAAAAAUGAACUAGGUAAAGAAAAUCAUCAAAACAUAUGCUCACAUAAAAAUUAUGGAACCUAUUAUUAUCAUAAAACAAAAUAUAUAUACCAUAGGAAUGAUAAUCCUAUAAGUACAAAUUUUUAUCAACAUAAUAAUAAAAAAAAAAAAAAAAAUUAUAAACACAAUAUAGAUAAUCGUAGGAAAUAUAAAAGUACCAUUAUUCAUUUUUUUAAAAAAAAAAUUUUAAGAAUAAAAAAAAAAAAAAAAGAAACUAAAAAAAUAAGUAAAACAAGAAGUGAUGAAACUAUAUAUAUUCAUAAAAAUAUAGAACAACACAAAAAUUAUAAAAAGCAAUAUUCCGAUAUAUAUAGAAACGAAAAUAUAAAUUAUGAAAUAAAAAAGGAAAAAAAAUAUAUAUAUAACAAUAAUAUUAAAAAAAAACUACGGUUCAUAAUAAAUAAACUAUUUUUAGAAAAAAGUAAAGAAAAAAAAACAAACAAACCCAAUAUUGUGCAAGGACAAAAAAAUGACCUACCAUAUAUUUCAAAUAAAUAUUUGGACCCUAAAUUUAAUGAAUUGUAUUAUAUUCAGAUGAUAAAUGUUUAUAAUGAACCUUUUUCAAUUUAUAUUAAAAUAUAUCAAAUAUAUAUUUUCUCAAAAAAAACAAAAAAUAUAAAAUAUUUUGUAGAUAACGAUAUAUGUCCGAACAAUAUACAAACUUUAACAUCUAAUAAAGAGAAAACAAAUGUUUCGAUUUAUGUACUUAUAGACAUCCAAAAUAAUUUUCUAAAAUAUAUUAUAAAGAAAAAAAUAAUAACAGAAAUACAAGACUGUUUACAAAAUUGGGAGAAAUAUAUCAUAACACAUAUACAGAAGAUGAGGGGAAUUCAUAAUAAUAAUGAUGAUAAUUAUAAUAAUUUUAUAUCUUUAUCGAAUGUAGUAAUAUAUAAAAAUAAUUGUGAUCUUAUUAUUCAACAUAUAAUAAAUAAAAUAAAAUAUUAUCUUAAUAUUUAUCUUAUACCCUUCUUUCAUAAAAUACAUAUAAGUAUUAUAAAUUAUAUUUCAGUGUACUAUAAAAAUGAAAAUUUACAAUACUAUUUUUUUCAUUCUAAUUCUACAAAAAAAAAAAAAAUCCAACUCUUUAUACAUAAAACAAAAAAUAACUUAAAAAAUACAUACAAUAAUAUAUUCUGUAAAGAAAAAAAUAACAAGCAUAACAUACAAAACAAAUAUAAUCAAACAUAUCUUAAUAAAGAUUUAUCAAAUUUUUUUUAUCCAUAUAACGAAAAAAAAUAUAUAUAUAUAAAUAAAAAUAAAACAAAUCCACACAAUCAUUAUUAUUACACAUUUUAUGAUCUUAUAUAUGAACCACCUUUCUAUUAUUUAAAGUCACACAAAACAGUACAAAAUUAUAUUAUAUAUAUAAAUAGUUUAUAUUUUAGAAGGUUACUCUUAUUAUAUACAUUUCUAUUAUUCUUUUUAUUAUUUUUGAUGAUAUUUAAUAUGCCUAUAUAUUCAUAUAUUAAAAUAUAA